CAUUGAAUUAUUUUGUUCGAUUUAAAUCUAAAUUUGAAAUUACAAUUUUGUAGAUUUUCCGAGUUCAUAGAUGGAUCAUUCUCGGUUAGUUAUUUAUUCAAUUUGGGAUUGUUCGUGUUAAUGUUAGCCGUUUCUGGUACACAGAUACUAAUGCAUACCGAUGAAAUAAAUGAAGCUGUGAGAUACGCCUGUCUCUUUACGUCCAUACUCAUACAAUUAUUCUGGCAAUGCUGGCAAGCACAGCGCUUACUGAAUUAUAGUAAUAUACCUUACGAGAGCGUAAAUCAAGGAUAUUGGUACUAUACUUCAACUCGUUGCAAGAGAACACUUGCCUUGAUCAUGAUUAGAUCUUCGAAACCAUGCGAGAUAACAGCAAUGAAUUUAUUGACUUUCUCCAUAGAAACGUUCAGUUCGGUAUUACGAACAUCGAUGUCUUACUUUACCGUAUUACAAUCAAUGAACUGAAUUAUUACAUGCGAACAUAUUAC